UCCCUCCACCCCCUCCCUGUUGGUGCCCGGCGAGGCGGAGGCCGAGGAAGAUGGCGAAGACUUACGACUAUCUUUUCAAGCUGCUGCUGAUCGGGGACUCGGGCGUGGGCAAGACCUGUCUGCUCUUCCGCUUUAGCGAGGACGCCUUCAACACCACCUUCAUCUCCACCAUCGGAAUUGACUUCAAAAUCAGAACAAUAGAACUAGAUGGAAAGAAAAUCAAGCUACAGAUAUGGGAUACAGCAGGUCAGGAAAGGUUCCGUACAAUUACAACGGCAUACUACCGAGGAGCCAUGGGAAUUAUGCUGGUGUAUGACAUCACAAAUGAGAAAUCUUUUGACAACAUUAAAAACUGGAUAAGAAAUAUUGAAGAGCAUGCAUCUUCAGAUGUAGAAAGAAUGAUCCUGGGUAACAAAUGUGAUAUGAAUGAGAAGAGACAAGUCUCAAAAGAAAAAGGAGAGAAGUUAGCAAUUGAUUAUGGAAUCAAAUUUUUGGAGACAAGUGCAAAAUCCAGCAUAAAUGUGGAAGAGGCAUUCUUUACACUUGCACGGGAUAUUAUGACAAAGCUCAACAGAAAAAUGAAUGACAAUAGUUCAUCAGGCGCAGGUGGACCAGUAAAAAUAACUGAAAAUCGAUCAAAGAAGAGCAGCUUCUUUCGAUGCACGCUACUUUGAUGAACUUCUAAUGAUAGACUGCAGCACACUUAGAACCUUUUCUGCUUCUUUGAAAGCACAGGGUCACAGCCUCAAAAAAAAAAAAUACCACCAAGCUGCUGCUGAGAGCUCCAUUGAACGCAGACUGCACUAAACAAAAUACCAAGUGGAUUUUGCUCAUUUAGCCUAUUGACCUGCCAGGCUCCUCUUUCUCAAAUGUGGAAGCAGUGAAGUGGAGACACAAAUGCAGGAGUUUCUCUUUUCUUCAUUAUGUUCUGUUUGUAUUGCCUGUUGCAAAAGCUGCUAAUUUCUUUUAACUUUGCACAUCCAUAUUAGCCUUUUUUUGCCUGUUAUAGCACAAUCUUACACUUAUUUGCACAGUUUGUCUUAUAAGUAAAAUUCUUAACAGAUUUGUGCAUUUUUUUUACACAUUUCUUGUAAAUAGAAAAAAGGAGGUAUCCAUGACACACUCCUAUGUGCACAUGCCUGUUGUCAUUAUUGAUGAGGUGAUGGGGGGUUAUUAAACCAAUUGGCAUUUAGGCACUUGAUUCAGUUUGUGUUUCACAGAUGCACAAGUCUGUUCGUACAGAAGCUACUGCUUCUACAUACUAAAUACAGGAUGUUGCUUUUUAAAAUUAUUUUCAACAAACACUCUUCUAGGUUUAAAAUCUUCAAUAUAACCACAGAUGAGUUCCCUGUAUAUUGCUUAAGUGGCUUUCUGGGAAUCCACUCUCCAGUGUGUAAAAUGAAACUUAAUGGUGACUUCCCACUGUGAUUUUAAAGAUAUUCCUUUCAUGCUUGAAAACCUUAACAGCAAAGUCAUACACAAGUUGGCCUUUUGCAUAGUUGCUUCUGCUAUCAGCAAGGAAUGUGACACAGUAAGGCUGAUUGUAGUAUCUGGUCAUACUGAAUACGUGAAGCCCUUUUCAUUCUGCUUAGGCACUUAUAAAAGUUCAGCAGAAAUUAGUAUAGUGCGAGGUUUUUUUUUUUUUAUGAGUGUUAGAAACAAGUUGAAAUUUAGUUGCCUUUCUCAUCCAACUAAUAUUCUGCAACCAGGCUAUUCUACCACUCUUAUCUCUUGAUGAGUAAAUAAAAUAGGUGCUUAAGUCUUUUCUGUUGAUGUGCCAAACUUGGAUCAGUGUAAGCUUUAACUACAAACUUGAGUGUCCAGCAUUUCGGUUAGAAAAGGUAGAUGUAUUCUCAUUGGCAAACUGCUGAUUUUUCUGAUGUGCUUUUUUGUCAUGGUAAAGAGUGGUUAAACAGUGACUUGGUUGUUAUCACAGACAACUCUGCUUCAAUUUAGGGUGUUGCAUGUCAAAUUUUCCUUUCUGGGUCUCAAUUUUUUAAAACUAAUUUAAUGGGCCACAGGUAUUAAAUCUAAAAGACUUCUAGCAUCCUGGAUAAGCCUGAGAAACUUCAAUAAAGGUCACUUUGAUCACUCAGAAUUUAAGUGGUUUUCCACCAGUCUCCACUUCAUGUCAAAAGUAGUCUUCUAAUUAGAUUUGACUUCUGAUCUGCUGGUUUUCCUGCCCUUUAGUUUUUUUGUAACACUUCUUUUGAUGUGGCAGGAAAAGCUCAAUAAAAAAACAAAAAAAGCAACCCUAACUUGUGUGGCCUAUGCUUAGCACUUUUGGGGGAGAAUAGAGAGGAGAAGGAUGUGCUAAAGCAAUCCAGUUUUCUAUAUGUUAAGUGUUUUCUAAGCAGUAAGUGUUAUGACACCUAUUAUGAAUGUUGUUAAUUUUCAGAAAUUUACCUCUGACUUAAUUUGGUGUCCAUAAUACUUUGAUUUGUAUCUCAGGGUUGUCUGCAAACCAAAACUGAUGUUCUGUUGUUAGCAGCUUUUACAGAAUGCUUUUCUUAUUUUUUUUCUGCCAUCUUUCUGCUUGGUUCUGUGUACAUGCAAUAUUUGUCUCCAUGAACUUCCUUCUGAAAGAGCCUGUAAGCAAGAGUCUGAAGUGCUUCUUGAAGCAGCAGCAAAUUGGGGUAUCUGCUCUGUUGUAUUAGAAAAAAAAACUUUGCUAUUUUCUUACAUUUAGCUAUGCUAAACUGUACAUAAAUUUGAGGUAAGACCAUAGGAAAUUCACUUUAUGCAUGAUAAAAUGAUGCAGUAAAUACUUCACUUUACUUAAUGUUCAUAUAAAGUUCAUCUUUUUCUAUUUGUAGAAGGAUUUAGUGACAACUUUGUCUGUUCCCUGCUGAAACUGAAUAAUUCUAGUUUUAUGUGAAAACGUUGUGGUCUUAUGGAUAAGGUGAAAUACUUUUUUGCAGCAGUAUUAAGUGGCUGAGUGGCUGCACUUUAUCAGUGUGCUAAUUUCUUGAUUAAUGGUCGACAGCCUUUGCAUAUAGUCUGAGUUGUCAGACAAGGGAAAAUGUGCUGUAUACUAGCAUGUAAAUCAAAUGUAUGUUUCACUGGGAACUUUUUUUUAGCUAUAUUUUGCUUUAGGCAAGCAGAUAAAUGAUAAAUGGUAUGUUCUGCCUGGGCAUCAAUUACUGGGUGCUGCAGGCUUUUCUAAUAUCAGUAUGAUUGUUUUGUGCAGUCUUUGUAACUUUGCUCAAGACUAUAUAAUCUUAUUUUUGAAGGACUCGUAACUAUACCUCAGUCAGCUAGCUAGUAUUCUAAUGACCAUUAGAACAAAAGUGAUGCAACUGUUAGAGAUUUUACAAAACAGCAAAUUCGCAUCAUCUUGGUUUAAAGGCUUUCAUUGGGUCUUUUAAGAAGAAGCAGGCAUUCCUGGAUUGUGUUAGGAAUUAAAUAUACAUCUGUCAGGGUUUUCCACUCCUUCCCCCAUCAAGGUCUGUGCACAGUAUGUUCACUUUUUUAAAUAAAUGGAACUUAAACUAUAGACUCAAUGCUUCUCAACUCUAGCUUUCAGUCCCGUGAUCAGCAAACCAAGAACAAACUGCUUAGCUUUUGUUGAGUAGUUAUUAAAUGUCUUGAAGUUAAUUUCAGAACCACAUGUGAAACAUAAUUCACCUUUCAAAUGUGGGGGUUUCUAAGUACAUGUUAAGAUUUGAAAGGUCUAGGUUUUUUACAAAAGGCAGAUUGACUGUUGCAAGUGUAUUUCCUCCUUUAGUCUCUAUGUUGGGUAAACCAAAUUAUCUUUCACAAGCAAAAAAAAAAAAAAAAAAAAAAGUGGGAGGAGUUGAAUACAUGCUCAGUAAGGAAUUCUUGCUGGCUAACUACUUGAAGGAUAUAUAUAGAUGGUAUAUAAAAUGCAUAAUGUAUUAAUUCUGGAAAUGCAUUUGGCAUCUGAUUUAUGCAAUUGAUGCUUGCGUGGUUAAAAUUUAAGGACUAGCUGUAGGUAUUAACUCUGCUCCUCCAUUUCCUCAGCUGCUUGUGCAACAUCCAAUAUUUUAAGUGUAACUUGCAUUUCAACCUGUCAGUCAGGAUUUUCAGCUUUUUUGUUUCCAGUGAAUUUAAAUAUUUUAGUGCAUUCCUAUGGCCUUACACUUUUUUUUGCAAAUGACACUUUUACUUGGGAUUACAAUUAUUUUAAUGCAAUAUAGUUACUAGAGUCCAUCUAAAAAGCACGGCCCUAAGAAAAUGCUUAAUUUUUCAAAUAGAAUUGUUCUACCAUGUUUGUUUUAAUUUAAACACAUUUUAUCUCUGCUCCAAAGGUGUAAUGUGAAAAGCUCCUGCAGAUAAAGUGGAAUUGUCAUGUGUUUAACUUGUAAAUCUAAUCAUUAAUUGUGUACUGAUACUGUGUUUAAAAAAAAAAAAGACAAAAAAACCCCAAAAAGGUUUUAUUAUUCCAUGUGAACUUUUUUACAACGUGUCUCAAAUAAAAAUUACAUAAUGAAGGUA